AUGGCCUUCAGGCCUAACGUGCGAGGCAUUGGUAGCCAUCACCUUGAUCGAGGGUAUUUUGCUCGUCCUGAUGCACCUCUUGAUUCGCUUCUACGCUGGCACUUUAGGCAGGCAGUUUUAGCCAAUAUGAGGGAUGCUGGAGAGCCGAUCUUUGAGCAUGACUUCCCGCCUGGGCAGCGUCGAGAAUGGAGUCUGAGCUAUUUGGCCGGCUUGGCGCUCAAAUGGAGUUAUUUGAACCAACUUGCAAGCAGAGAUCAUCAAAACUUGGCUGAAAUGUCAAACAUGCUGAGCGCAAUCCUGGGCUACAGCUAUGAGCAGAUAGGCAUUCUCGAUGCCCUAUGGAUUGCAAUCGGCAUUGGGGAGCUAGCGAUCUCCAUCACGCCUGAAAAUCAUUCAGACAUUGCGAAGCAUCAGAUAACCCUUGGAAUCCAGUCCGGCAGACGAUACGAACGAAGGGGACAGGGAAAAUGGCUUGGAAGGCGAUUUGAGCGGACUGAUGAUAUUAAAGAUCUUGAGGAUUCAAUCAGACUAGCUGAACAGGCGCUUGAUUUGACUCCAAAAGCGCACUCGGACCGGCCAGGCUAUUUGAACAGCCUUGGAGUUAAGCCUACUCUCCGGUAUGAACGAACCGGCGAGACGGCCGGCCGCGAAGAGGCGAUCCGAGCAGCGCAGCAGGCCCUCGACUCGACUCCGGAUGACCACCCAGUUCGGUCAAGCUAUUUGAAUAGCCUAGGAAACAAGCUUGGUCGGCGGUAUGAGCGAACCGGCUGGAUGGGCGAUCUUGAGAACGCAAUCCAACUGGCACAGCUUGCCAUUGACUCAACACCGUAUGACCACCCGGAUCGAGCCGGAUAUUUGGACAACCUCGGAAACAUACUUAGUUGGCGGUAUGAGCGAACCUGUGAGAUGGGAGAUCUCGAGGUAGCAAUCCAAGUGGCACAGCAUGCCGUUGAUUCAACUCUAGAAGAUCUCCCAGAUCGAGCUAGCCGGUUGAACAGCCUUGGAAACAAGCUUGUUCGGCGGCAUGAGCGAACGGGAGAGAGUGCCGAUCUGAACGAGUCUGCAUAUUCAUUUUUUCAAGCCUGGAAAUGCGAGAAUGGGGUACCUUUCCAUCGGAUAAGCGCUGCUUCUUCUGGCAUCAGGGCACUUGGGCAGCUGAGAGACUAUGAAUCGGCGGCCAAACUCUUAUGGGACGCUAUCAACCUGCUGCCGAUAGUCAAUAAUCGAACCCUUGAACAUGGCAACCAGCAGUAAUGCAGUAUGCAGUAGCACUCUUUGCUGGACUUGCCGCCUCUGCCUGCUCAAUUCACCUUCAAUUUGGUCAGCCGGAAAAGGCACUUGAGUUACUGGAGAAAGGGCGAACUGUCAUCUUUGGUCAACUUAUCGGAGACCGGAGCGACAUUUCGGCACUCAGAGAAGCGUAUCCCGAGAUAGCUCGUCGGUUUGAAGGGCUUCGUGAUGAAAUUAUCGCUCCCCUUCGUGGUCAAGUUGAUAUCUCGCCAAUGAGGAUCGUUCAGGAACAGCGUCGAACCAAUGUGAAGGAACUCGAGCGAUGCAUUCAAAAGAUUCGCGAUAUCGAUAUCCCCGGUUACGAACGGUUUCUCCUCGAGUCAACACCCGGGGAAAUGAAAGCAUGCGCAUCCAGAGGCAUGACUGUAUUUAUCAACAUCACGGAUUUGGGCAGCCAU